AUGAUCAGACGCCCCCCGACCGCCAUCCUGCUGAGCCCCGAUGAGCUCCAAGCAGACCUCCACCGGAUCCAUCUGACUUUCUACUUCACCCGCCUGCGCCUGGACGAAUCCAGCCAAAGCGGCCAAGACGAGGAUGGCCAACACGAAGAAGACAGCACGCUGAUCGACCCAUUUGAUCCGUCCUCCAUCGACUCGUGUGCAUCUGCAGCGAGUACGAUAUCCGAUGCGGAAACGGAUACUCAUGGAGACGUUGGACACACCGCCGAUUGGAUGGGACAUUCAGUCAACAUCGACAUCAACAGAGUCCAGAAGACCGUAACCUGGAAAGAUAUUCGCGACGCUACUACUGCCUCAGCGUGUAAGCCGAUCCCGAAUAAGACUCCAAUCAACACCAACACCAACCAGGCUCCCAGAUCCAUGGUUCGAGUGUCUCGAUCGGUUGAUUCGCUCCGUCGAAAGUUCACGUCCUCCACACCGUCCCUGCAGACCACACUGGGCGCUCACAAUGGCAAUCCCGCCGCGGCAACAGGUCCGUCUCUCGCCGAUGCGUCACUCACCACUGUCUCUGGCGAGUUCUUCGUUAUUGACACAGGACGUAGAACCAGAGACAACAACUCGCCCAAACCCAAAUCCCGCCACAGACGGUCCGCAGGAUGUGCUCCGACGUCAGAGACCCAGGCGCUGACCUCCGGGACCCCGCCGAGCCCGCCAGUCGAGCACAGUAGUGUCCCACUCCGGGCCCUAAGCUUGACUAGCGGCCACGCGGUCUGA